CAGAGUUUGAGACUGAAGCACUACCUGAGGUCAGAGUGGAACUACGCAGAAGAAGAAAAGAAAGUGUAAACGCUGAUAUGGACAAGGACAGACAGCCUGUUGUCUUUAUUUCUCUGUCGUGUACACAUUCAUUCAUACGUCAGCCCUGCUUCCCAGGUGGAGGGGCAAACACGCCAGCUGCCUGACUAUCUCCUCCCAUCAUUCCCCCUCCCCCUCCACCCAUCUCCUUCUAUAGCCGGAUAAGGCAACUACAAAGCAGGCUGACUCGCCAUUACAGAACACGAGAUUUGAAGAUUGCAUCCUGGCAUUUCUAAUCAGAUGCAAGGGGGGAUUAUCUCGAGGUCUCCUCCAUUUUGUGCACAGCUGGGAGCUGCUGAGGAAAAAAGGAGAAGAAAAGGAUCGGAUGUGCGUGAAUGAAGUGGAGUUACACAGAGAGAGGGAAAGGGGUCACCUGUGGAUAUGAGGAGGAGGGCUUUCUAAGGAACUGCAACCAUCACCCAACACACAAAAGGAAGAGGACAGUGUCAGCAGCAAGUAGAUCACUGUAAAGGUCUUCCAUGGCAGAGGCAGGGCGUCCCAUGUCAGAGCUGCAUCCAAUGGGAGGAACUAUUCCACUGCAGCCUAUUUUUUCCAACCAGUCCGUCUUUGACACCACAGAGACACCUACACAAGUAACAUCACCCUCUGGACUGCCUCAACGACCAUGUUACAACUGCCAGGAGAAAUCCCCCAGUGAAAUCUGUGAAGAACAAUGUCAUUCAACUCCUACUGCAACAGAAACCGCUAAACACCAACAAAGCCCAUCUGAACACUUCCCGCUCAUCAUGGCUUCAAAUCACCCACUUCGUCCAGUUGUGACAGAAACACUUUCAGACAAUGAUGAGAUAGUUGUGAAUACAAACACUAAUUAUCCUGAGACCAUCAGAACAGAGCAGAAUGUGAAGCUGGCCACCCUGAUUGUUCACAGGAGUCACUCGGACACUUUGCCUUUGGCGAAAACUGAAAUUGCUUUCCACAGCAGAGAUGCAAGCGUCCAAGAGGCUGAGACUCACUCCAUGAUGGCUUGCAAGCAGCCCAUGCAGCUACAUCAGUGCAACACUGUUACCACUAUUUGCAGUGGAGACUGUAGCUUACAGCAUCCUCAGAGGAGAGGUCUCUGUAUCUCAUCUGAUGACGCAGAUAUCAAAGCGCAGUGUCAAGGAGAAGGCGGCCCUCUUUCCACUAAAUGUGACAAGCCACACUGUUGCAGCUCCUAUAUCCACCAUGCCAAUUUUGAGGAUACAUUUGCUGCCUACUGCCAUCCUCAGCCUAUUCCAGCCCCCUCGCAGAUGCUGCCACGUCUGGCAGACUCCAGUAUCCAGCCUCCAGUACCACCUUCUUCAGCAGGAAACCACCUUACACUGCCUCGCCUCUUCUCCUCUGUUAGUGAGACUGGCUUAGAUGCCAAACAUUUGCUGCGUUGCUGCAAUCUGAGCUGCUCCUGGAUUAGUUCACUGCCACCUGGUACUGGCCCACAAUGCUCCCAAAAACACUUAGGUAAAGAUGACUGGUGCAGUACGACAACUGGCCAAGAAAGAAUCACAACGCGUGACAUGGGAACUAUGACAGCCCAAAAAGUUCUGAGAGAUAUCGGGGUGCAGACAAAUCAGACCACCGGUUCUCAUGUGUUCCCUCAGAUCUAUCUGGCAGAAGCUAACAAGAGUAAGAUGUCUUCUAGCCAGACUGACAGCGACAGAGACAAAAAAGCAAGUGGUGCACCUAAGUCCCCAGUCAAGGAAGUGAAGUGGGAUGCAGAAGGGAUGACAUGGGAGGUCUAUGGGGCCUCCGUGGACCCUGAGGAGCUGGGUCUCGCCAUCCAGAAACACCUUGAGCUGCAGAUCAAGGAGACAGCAAACCGUGCGGCCAAGCUCUCACAGCAAAACCCCAACCCCUCCCAGCAAGUCAGGAAUGCUGGCUGUUACAGAAAAAGAAGGAUGAUGGGCUACCUCCAAUCUCCGGCUUGCUGCAGUUGCAGCUCUGCAGCUGUUGAUUAACUGAGCACCUGACAGAUGAACAGGACCUGAACACUGUGCUUAGUAGCCACAAGGUCUGCUCAUAGCGUCAACCUCAAAUGUCUGGAUGAUACUGCAUUCUUAUAAGACAAACCUCUAUACCAAAUUGAAUGGAAAAACUUUUCAGAAAGUGAUCCUUAUUCAAAUAUUGUAAAGAUUAUGAAAGCCUGAUAAUGAUUAAAGAUCACUAUGACAAAGAAAAUGUUAAAAAGAAAUAAAACAAAAAACAACAAAUUUUUGUUCCAUC